GUAUUUGAUUUCUUUCCCCUGUUUCAAGUUGCAGCCUCGCCCCUCUCGCUCUCGCGGCUCUCGGCGGAUCGGCGUUCAGUGAAAGCUAAAAGCCUAAAACCCUAGUUCGAACCUCUACUAGCCGGCGACAGCGGCGGUGGAGCGCGGGAUACCCGGAGAUGCCAGCGCCGUCUGCGGUUGCGUCGGCCGUAGAGAGGCUACAGGCAGCGGCGCAGGACGCCGCCAAGUCCUCGUCGCGCUCGGCCGGCGCCUUCUCCGAGCAGGCGCAGCAGGCCCUCGUGUCCAGGACCGCCGGACGGGUUGUUUCUCUGUCAACAUGUGCAAAGGUCAGUGCCAUUAGCUUUGCGAUUGGUGUUGUGGCAGGGUUCACACUCAAGAAAAGGCUGCGCAGAUGGGCUGCUAGACUGCUGAAGAGAAUUAAGGACGACGACUAUUGACUAAUGCGAUCUUUUCCUCAUUGUCUUUGGAGUUUGUUCAGAAAUCAGAACUAUGGCUACUACGUACCUCAGCAUCUUGUGUAGCCAACUGUUUUUGUGCCUCCACAUAUUUGCUAUGAAUGCUGGUAUAUGAUAAUAUGAACCAUCAGAAGUUCA